AUGGCAGCAUCAAACGUGAAAGAGGUUCUUCCAACUUUGGAUUCUACUUCUGAACCACCUGCUGUGUUUGACGGAACAACUAGGUUAUACCUCAACUACCAAUGCCCCGUUGCACAACGUGCUUGGAUUACCAGGAAUUAUAAGGGACUACAAGAGAAGAUCAAGCUUGUUCCUAUUGACCUUGCUAACAAGCCGAUAUGGUAUAAGGAGAAAGUCUGCCCUGAAAAUAAGGUACCAAGCCUUGAAGAUGACAACAAGAUCAUAGUAGACAGCAUAGAAAUGGUGAAAUACAUAGAUGCUCACUUUGAAGGGCCCGCAUUACUACCACAAGAGGCUGCCAAAAGAGAGUUUGCUGAGGAUCUAUUGGCAUACACCAACACCUUCAUUGCUACAGCCUACGCUUCGUUUAAAGGAGAUCCUGCCAAAGAAGCUGGGGCUGCUUUUGAUUACUUGGAAUCAGCUCUUGAGAAGUUUGAAGGUCCAUUUUUACUUGGAGAAGUGAUGAGUUUGGUGGACAUCGUUUAUAUCCCAUUUGUGGAAAGGGUUGAUAUAUUCUUAAAAGAGGUAUACAAGUACGACAUCAGUUCAGGCAGGCCAAAAGUAGCAAAAUGGAUAGAGGAACUGAACAAGAUUGAUGCCUAUCUUGACACCAAAGUUGAUCCUGAUUUCGUUGUUCAGAUGUACAAGAAACGUUAUCUGGUAAGUCAUCAAGGUCAGUCAUCAAACUAA